AUGGAUUCUACUCAAAAAUGGUUUUGCGUGCUUCUUCUCAUCUUUACUGUGGUGUUAGACUUUAGUGCAGUUACACUUGGAAAUGGCCAGAUAGAAAAGAGAGGUCGGGUGGUGAUGCUAGUGGACAUAGAGGUGGUGAAGGGUGUUGGUGUUGGAGGAGGGUUUGGUGGUGGUAGCAAAGAAGGGUUAAGUCAUGGCAGUGGAUUUGGAGCUGGUGGAGGACUUGGUGGCAGUGGAGGAGGAGGAGGUGGUGGCCUUAGAGGUGGCUUGGGUCAUGGAGAUGGACCUGGAGCUGGUGGACAUGUAGGGGAAACUGGUGGAGGUGAAGGGAGAGGAAGUGAUGAUGGAGGAGGAGGAGGAGGCGUUAGUGGUGGCUUUGGGCGAGUAGGAGGAGGAUUUGGAGGUGGUAUAGGUGGCAGUUUAGAUGGUGGAAUUGGUGUGGGAAUUGGAGUUGGAGUUGGAGUUGGUGUAGGAAUUGGCGCUGGUUCUGGCAAGGGUGUUGGUGUUGGAGGUGAUAUAGGCGGAGGCGGCGGAAUUGGUGUGGGAAUUAGAGUUGGAGCUGGUGUAGGAGUUGAUGCUGGCAAGGGUAUUGGCGUUGGUAGUGGAGGAGAAGUAGGAGGCGAUAUAGGCAGAGGAGGUGGUGGUGGCCAUGGAGGUGGAAUUGGUGCUGGCAAGGGUGUUGGUGUUGGUAGUGGUUUUGGUAGCGGCGGAGGAGGUGGCGAACGGUAA